CAAAAUUCUGCAGAGUUUUAUAAAUAUUACUAACAAAAAAUAACAACCGAUAUAAGUUAGUUUUAAUAAUGGAAUCUCUAUAUCAUCAAACUAACAAAUUAAUUCUAGAAAUACAACAGAAUUUUCAACAAUUAGAAAAACAACCAAACCUUGCUACAAAUAUAGAAAGUGAAAUACAAUCUAAAAUACAUACAGUAAAAGCAAAUUGUGAAAAGUUGGAUAUUUUAGUAUACAAGGUACCUAUUACUCAAAGACAAAAUGCAAAAUUACUAUGUGAACAACUCAAGAAUGAAAAUAGGCAUUUGCAAAAUGCGUUACAAAUGUGGCAGCAAAGAAUCCAAAAACAACAAGCUGAACUAUCCGAAAGAGAACAAUUAUUGAGCAAAAGAUUUACUGCAAAUCCUGACACAUCAAUAGAAAUUGAUUAUUCUCUACAACAUUUUAAUUCACUUCAAAAUGCUAACAACAAUGUAAAUGAUAUGCUGUUAACAGGCACUAAUAUUCUGGAGAGCCUUCGUUCUCAACGAGAAACAUUGAAAGGUGCUCACAAACGAGUCAUAGAUAUUGCAAAUACAUUGGGUUUAUCAAAUGCAACAAUACGACUGAUAGAACGUAGAGUAAAACAAGAUAAAUUUAUUUUAAUCGGAGGAAUGCUUAUUACAACCUUUAUAAUAGCAAUGAUAGUACUGUACUUCUGAUCAUUAUCAGAAAUAUAAGAUUCCAAAUUAUUUACUAUAAGUUUUGAGGACUGUAUUAAGAUUUAUAUCUUAUAUUUGUAUUAUGAUUUUUAUAACUGUAAAUUAUUGUAAAAAAUUAUA